AUGGGAAAGAACAAGAAGAAAAGUAAAAAGAACGAUGACACAGAAGACGACACCAAACGACAACCUUCUGUCGAUGAUACUCAACCAUCCGAAAAAGAGCUAACCACGGUAUUGGAAAAUUCUAAAUCUUCACAAGAAGCGAUUGAGUCAAAUGGAGGAGCAACAAUUGAGCCACAAUCGAAUGAGGGUGACGACAAACUGAUAUUGGAAAAGUUGCAACAAGUUGAGAAGGAACGGGAUGAUAUAAAACGCUCCUAUGACAAUCUAGUCAGCAGAUUAUCCUCAUUCAAAAGUGUAUUUGCCAGCAUGAAGAAGGCCGAGGUUGAACUCGAAGAGAAAACUGACCUAGUGGAGAAGCUAAAUGAGGAGAAUGAGAAACUAAAAACUGAAAACGAUAAAUUAAAGAGCUCUCUCGAGGAAGAAGCUUCCAACAAAGUGGACGCCCAAUUGUAUUCGGAGCUACAGGAGCAAAAUACCGGUCUCAACAACGAAUGUGAGAAAUUGAGCGAUACUUUAACCAAAACUAGACGGGAAUAUACCUCAACAAUUGAAGAGUUGCAAGAUGAAAAGUACGGCUUGGAGAAUGAAAAUUCAAAAUUGUCCAAGCUAGUGCACGAGUUGAAACAAGAAUUGAAUGAAAUUUCAGCAUCUCGAAAUGAGUCUGACCAGGAAAAGAAAGCUUUGGCCGACUCAAUCAAUGAUUUGAAAGAGCGCCUCGAAACCAAAGAAGCUGAAGUGAAUAACUUCAACACGAAAAUAGAUGAAUUGAACAAACUUAUAUCUACAAAGAGCUCCAAGUUUGAAGAGGAAAAGUUGUCCUUGCUAACGAACAUUACUACAUUGGACAAACAAUUGGAAGCAAAGGACAACAACAUCAAAACACUACAAGCCGAGGCGGAAAGCAUGAAGCAAAAACUUAUAGAAUCUGAGCUGAAAGCUGCAGAGAUUUUAGAAUUGAAAAAAGAAGUCAACAACAAACAACUCCUUAUAGGCAAGCUACGUCACGAAGCAGUAAUAUUGAACGAACACUUGACCAAGGCAUUAACAAUGAUGAAACAGAAAGGCGAAGGAUCAAAUAAAACGGUGGAUGCGGAGUUGCUAUCAAAUGUGAUUAUCAGCUUUUUGCAAUUCCCUAGAGGAGAUUCAAAGAAAUUCGAGGCAUUAAAUCUAAUCAGUGCAUUGUUAGAAUGGGACGAUCUGCAAAAGAUUGCAGCUGGUUUGCAACAUGUACCAAAUGCAAAAGGGGGUAAAAAUAAAAUAGAUUCAAAUGGGAAUGAACUUUCAGCAAGGCAAAGCUUCGUAUCUUUGUGGACUGAGUUUUUGGAAAAGGAAUCUAGUGGUAAGUAG